AAGAAGAGCCCAUGUAAACACUGUGCAUACUAAGUGGAGUAUCUCAUCCUAAAGGAUAUUCGUCGGAAUUUGGACAACCGGACUGGAUCGUCUCUAGCCAUUGCACAGGCGCCCAAGCCCGUGCCCGGUGGCCCCGGGCCAGCCGCUGUGCUUCCUCAGAAUCCUCUUCCUCACACUGAGCCUCAGAGACGCAACGUCUGACUUGCGGGAAAUUCGUAUUGUCUGGCUGAGUUUACGAGACCAUUAUAAGCCUCAACAACCGUACUACUUAGUAGUUCACACAGGGACCAGUCAUUGCGUGCUGGCAGCGAUAGUUCAAGAUGCUAGCAAGUGUCAAGGAGAAGGCCAUGAAGGCCAAAGACUACAGCGUCGACAAGGCCACGCACACUCGGGACCACAUGGUUAGCCAGCCAAGCAAGAAGAUCAACUGGGACCCAAACCACAAGAAGCCACCCCCGCCGCCUGUUAUGAAGCCAAAGAAUAGUGAUCUCUACGCGCCUCCUCCGUCCAGGACAUCUUCUACCACGAGUAGUGCCAGGAACACGCCUUCCAGUCCGAGUCCGCCCAGCGCUCCAGGACCACCACCUCUGAUCCGCAGAGAUUCGCGCCCUGACAGUGUCUCUCCGCCUCCUGCUCCGCCUCCGAUCUGUAGGCAAACGCGCCCGGACAGUAUAUCUCCUCCCCUUCCACCACCUCCAGUCCGAUCAGUCUCGAUCACAAGGUCUUUAGAGACGAUCGAAGAUGAGAAGAUUGACUGGACAAACUUGUCGCCGGAGGACAAACAAGUCUUCUUCAGCUGGCUGGACGAGUUCUUCGCGAGGUACCUCAACUUGCCUGUACCUCCACGAAGCGUGGAGGGAACUAAGAAGAUCGUCAAGGAACCUGCUACUCCACUGACCUUGGCUGCGCCUGCACCUAGAACGCCAUCCAGUGUCGCAGCGACUCCGUGUUCAUUUGUAGUACAAGACUUCAUUAUGUCCUACCCUCCAUCGACGCAGUACGGCUCAGCCGCACUUGACGUAGCCAUGCACUUUUCGCCGUCUGCUCACUGGGACGACGAGUGGUAUAAGAGCUCCAACAUGGGAUUCGUACCGGGUCUGAAGGGGAGGUCCGACACGCGGCAAGUCGCCACAAUCACCCAGCCGGACCCCUACACAGCCGUCUUCCACGGCAGCGCUCUCUUCGCCGAUCUCAGCAUAGUGUGGUUCUCCGUUUCGUACCCGCUCGCCAGCGAAAGCGACCCCAACGACACCCGCACCGUGCGCCGCGAAGCGCGUUAUCUGCCACGCCCCUCGCCCAUGGACCGCGGCGCCCUUGUCGAAGCAAGUGAAACGUACGGCGAGACCAUCGCGUCGUUCGCUGAGAGCUUCGUGGACGCAGGCGAGUACUGUGCACGGGGCGAGUGCUGGGAUCUCGCUGCGAAGGCCAUCGAGUGCUUCGAGCAGUACGACUACGUGCCUCCGCCUAUCCCAAGCACACUGCGCACGCACGGACAUCUCAUAUUUGAAGGGAAGGCGAUGGGGAAGGGCAACCAGGUCGGGCGCUGGCGCGGCGGGGACGAUCGCGUACGCCGGGGUGACAUCGUCGAAUGGCGCAAGGUGCGCUUCGUCAUGUCCACUGGCAGGAUGACGCAGACGAAGAUGCUGGGAAACCCGGACCACACCGCGGUCAUCGUGAGCGACGCAGUCCCGUCCGUGCAGGUGUCGGAUGGGCAGUCUUUGAAGCCGGCCGACCUGGGCACGCUGGAGGUGGUUGACCAGAGUGUAAGCACGGGCAUCAAGCCGAAGCUUGACAAGUGCGUCAUGAGCGGGUUCGAGGAAGGGGAGGUGUGGAUUUACCGGCCGGUGAGUAUGCAGGCGUACAUCGGUUGUGCAUUGCAGGCCGAAUGUCCGGAGGGAAUCAACGCACUCAGGGUGUGA